AUGGGAGGAAGGUGGUUCCUUAUUCUGCCUCCACAAUACGUUUCGUCGUCGCGCUUCUUCGUUCGUCGUCCACGUGGGCCAGACCCACCUACUCCCUCGCUACGAAAUUUCCGGAGUUUCCGUUUUUGCCCCUCCGCCCGCUCCACCCACCCGCUCUACUCACCCGCUUCCUCUCCCUUGCGACGGCGAUGUCGCCCUCUCCCAACCUCGCCGAACCGCCCUGUCCCUCCCUCGCGACGGCGGUGCCCUCUCCCACAUACGCCACAUCACGGCGCCCUCUACCUCGCUUGCGUCGUCUGUCCAGCGCUCACCAACAAAUCUGCCGCAUGGAGGUACUACCAAGGCACGAAGGAGCUGCCACUUCCUCCCGAGCUGCUGCUGCCUACCGACGGGCAUGGAGGCGGGCAGGUGUUCCAGAUCUGCAGCGACGGCCUGGGCACGGAGGCGGUCGGCGGGCUAUCUUGGUCGUCCGUGGAGGCGGGUGAGAACGAGGAGGGCGCCGCCGUGGUGGCCUUCUCCUGCAUGGCCCGCCUCACGGCCUCCCUCCCAUCGUCGGCCUUGACAGAGAGGAGAUGCCACCGCAGCCUUGCAUCCAUGCGCAGGCCGUACUUCUCCGCUUUCAGCUGCAAAGACGUGUUAUUAUUGGACCUGUUGCAUAGAGAGGCGGUGCAGGAUCAACGAGAAGAUGACGGCGUCUUUGCACGGAGCAGCUUCAAGACUGUGUCGUCAUCCUCUCGGUUGUUGCUGAGAUGGCUGCGAUUUGAUUUGGCUUUGUCAGAGGAUGCGUUUACCUCUUCGGUGAAGGAGUUAGUGGUUUAAUUCUUGCAGUUGUUGUCAAAUUUUCUGAUAUACAUGUUCUUAGAGUAAUUAAAAGUCUCAGCAUAGUAAUGCUUAAGUUUCUUCUGACUUACAAGUGCUGAUUUUCAUAACAUAGUUGAUCUCGUCAUCAAAUAAAUCAAGCUCUAAUAUCUGUGUCUUUCCUUUAAUGUAAAGCACCUGUGUGUAAGGGUGUACAACAAAAUAAAAAACAUAAAAAGGAUACAACUCUCAGUAUUUUUGAUGUUUUCCGUUUGUACAUCUGAAGUGGCUUACUGGUUGCGAGUGUUUAGCUCAAAUACACGAGGUAAUGGUGACCAAGUAGCUAAAGAGUUAAAUCAAAGCCCUGUGAAUGGUCUCGUCAACAGCAUGUACUCUCAAUAUAUGUCUAAGCAGCUAUUCUCACACAUUGCUUCUGAUGCGACGCUUAAACCAUUGGGCCACUUUGCUGAAGCAAACAAUGUUCCUAAUUAUACCAAUAUAUCCAGGGGAUUAUGUCGAGCAAGAUAAGGGAAAGAACAUGCUCGUGUACAAGUUGUUCCUCAUCAUGGAGGUUGACGUGAUCUCACUUGAUGAAGCUGCAAAGUUCCUCCUUGGAGAAGGCCAUGAGGAGUCCAAUAUAAGAAGAGAUUGCAUUGCCAAUAUGUUGUCUUCACUGAAGCUCAUUGAGAAGGUAGGCUGUAAUAAAAUUACUUACAAGCCGGCUGCACUUGAAUGACAAGCGAUGUUUCUGAAUCUAUUCUUGAAUCUUGUCAGUAAGACACAAGUAUACACAAGUAGUGGAAGCCUGCAUUACGGUGGUAAUUUCAUUGGUUUAAUCCAAAUAUUUAAUAGUUGAUAAUAAACGUUCUGGUCUUGUUUUGAUGGGGUCAGAAUGGUAGGGAUUCCAACUAAUACUUGCAGAGGAACAGGCAUGUAACAUUUGUACUAUCUCCUGGUAACAUCUAUGCACUUCCUAUUAAUUGUUUGCAUAACUAAUUCUUCCUAAACCAUUUGUACUAUGAAACUCUGGUGCCCACGGGCCUGAGCCGCAUGAAUCUCCGGCCAUGAAGUUAAAGUUUUUAGGAACUUAUUUUGAUUUAAUUCGUAGACUAUGUAUCUCAAAGUAUGUUCCUUUAUACAUGUGGAGAACCUGAAGAAUUGGAACAUAAUACCCGGUAUGCAAUUGUUCAGUUACUAAAUGAACAAUCGCCCUGUAGAACAGCAAGGGCAUGAGAGUUUCACUCCUUUAGUAAAGGAUAUCUAGGUAGCUCGAGAGUAGAAUGAUGUACGGGUAGAUUAUGAUUAUCAGUUUAGGACCAUGCUAUUCUGAUAAAUUUCAGGGUCAGAGUAUAAGUUGAGUAUAAGAACUCCCCUCUGCCAUCACCAAUGUACAUGGUGAUGUGGUAAACAUUAGGCUGGCACCACGUGGAGUUGCAGGCAUGGACUUCGAGCAGAGGUAGACCUGCAGCUCCAUCUUCCUAUCGCUGGUGGCCGCCGGCAGCGCCUUUACGGAGACCCAUGACUCGGCGUUGUCCCUCGGGGCACCACAUGCUUAAGAAACAAUAGUAUGUGAAUGUAGCAUAAGUCUCCUUUGGUAGGAAAUUAUCAUCACCAUUGCUUUAUAGAGUAGGUUGAAGCUAUCUACUGGUCCAAUCUAUUGCUUAUUUAUAUUUUUUGUCGAAUUAUCAUGUCACACAAUAUGGCUAUGAAAUGUAAAUAAGUUUACUCAUCUUGCUCACCUUUUAAAACUGAAUUUAUCAACAGCUGCACUGUCAGGUGAUAAACCUAAUGUUGGCUGAGUUCGUCAACGGCCACACUAUCAGGUUGAUGGAUGUCAUUCGAUUUUCUUUUUGCGUUUUACUUAAAUAAUAUCAGCUGUAUAGUCUGCAACAUGCUAUGUAUAAGUAAUUUACUUUUAAAUUAAGCAUUAUAAUAUGGUAUUGGUUACCCAUCUUGGUAAGAUGGAGCCGUCUGAAUUUCAGCCACUGGGUUACAGUAAGUUCACCAAAUAAGAAAACUAACCGUUUGCGGCUGGCAUCGAUUAAAGUAGUAGAAAAUGUCCAGAACACAUGUAUGCCGCUGUCUUAAAAGUAUCCAUGCUAAUUCUAUUGCAAUUAUCUAAAAAUUACAUAUCUUGCUAUUGUUUUGGAAUUUUCAGUUUAGUACAUUAAGCUUUUUCUGUACUGUUAAGACGUCAUGUAGAUGAUGCCAUUCUAAUUUUAACCAUGAUGUGAUCUUUUUUCUCUUUUCCAACCAAUCAAUCAACAUGACAAUUGAUGCAUCGGGAAGCAGAAGAAAAACAUUGCUGCAUAGCAGCAUGACAGGGAUGAGAAUAAUCUUCAACUACAAGGUUAUGUUGAUGCGCCAACUAAUUCAUUUUAUUUUCCAAGCAUUUUUCUCACAUAAUUAUUUUGGUGUCAAAGCAGAUCUUUUUGAAGAAAAUGGAACUAAGUAAUGCAUUGAACUUCACUAUGUGAUACCGUGAGAUAAUUAGAGUAACAUGUUUCAUUUGAAUUAGAUUCUUGCAAUCAUAUUUAUUUAUGCUUAUUGGUUAAAUAGUUUCCUGAUCCAAUGCUUUAUUUUUAUACAAAUUAAACAGUGCACUCCUCAGCAUGGAUUUCCUUUGCUUGUCUUGUAUGAUAUGUCGGGUCUAGAGAAUAGCUCGGGUAUUUUUGUUUGCAUAACAAAAAUAGUAACAAUGCUCUUGGGCUUGUUACUGAUUUUAGUAGUAUGCUUAGGCUUGUAUUGCCCUGUAGUAGGUCAGUUAAGAGCCUUUCAUUUACCUUCCAUGUUCUUCUGAUUUAGAAUACUCUUCAAAUGCAGAAAUGACUAUUUAAAAAAUAGAUGUCCUAAUAAGUGUCCCAAAUACAUGGUUGUGAUAAUUGGCUUCCGUAACCGUUCUGAUAAUAGAUUCACCUCCACAUGUGAGUUAUUACAUAUCACACAAAUGGUUUAUAAUUUUCCAGUUAAAAAAGGUGUCUUGUAGAAACUUUUCUAUGUUAAUAUAUUGUUAACAUCUGAAACAUAUCUUGAAACAUGAAAGUGUAUGCAUAGUUUUAUGUCAAGAUGCUUGAAACAGGAAUGCAACCAACUAAGAAAGGCGAAAUUUCUUGAAACAGUACUGCAACUGACUAAGAAAGGCGAAAAUUAAGAAUUCAGACAAAAUACUCUUUAUAUGCCACCAUAAUUUAAGGUAUCAUGAAUUGAUAUGUGAGCCAAAUUGAUUUAAUUUUGAGAUGAACUCUUUCAGAAAGUAAAUGAGUGUUAUUUUUCUUCAGAGUCAUCCCCAUUCAUUUGCACCACAAUAAAAAACAUUUUUAUUGAGUUUGGCUUGAUGUGAUCGGUUGAUAUUUACAUAUACAUUGUUAAGCUAACAGAGCCUAGGAUAAGAGUAGACGGGGUGUGGAAAUACGAAGGCCAAGUUGCGCGGUGGAUGAUGAAGUUCCUGAUAUUUAUUUAUAUGCGAUCCUACCUUCUGAUUCAGUCCUCUUUUGUAUUUGCAAGUGUCUGACGCCUGCGAGCUAUUAAGGCAGUUCUUGAAGCAACGUAGUUGUGGUACUUGGGUUGAGAAUCAGAUUCUUUCAGUUUGAGCUUUACAUCCUGUAUGAAAAGUGAGAUCAUUUGUCUUUGUUUUAUGGUCUUCUCUUAUCAUGUAUACAUAUUAUUACCGUGAAGAUGUAUUGUGAUUAUGCUAUCAUUUUUCUUUCUUGAAAAUUGAUUUUUUAAUCUGCGGA